GAUGCAGGUUGGCUGCUGUCUUACAUUGAUCUAGGAUACUAGAUGCAACUGCUGUUCUGAAUGUAGCGAGCAGAUUGUAGUUAGAUUGUUGUCAUGACUAGGUGUAGGCAACAUAUGGAUUUCCAAUACUGAGAAUUGAUCAUUUUUCCAUUCGCUUUCUCUUGCUAGCAGACCUGGCAGAUCACUUCGGGUAUUUCUAUAUACAGGCUUGCCAGAGAAGAGAGAAACUAAAGGGGGCAUAACACAUUGGAAGGGCUGAAGGAGAGAACAGAGGAGUGGGAUAGAAACAGUGUAGGUGUAGAAACAGGGUUGGGUAGAUAGACUGCCAUGAGAGAGGAUCCGUCAAGCUGUGGUGAAUACCCUGAGGGAGGGGUGGUGUCCAGUGAGGAGGAGCCAGACUGUGCUCCAAUCAAAUACCCUGUGGUGGUGGUAACACCAGGGGCCGGCGGGCGCAAGAGUGUCACCAGGAAAGACAACAUUUCAUCGCCAACAGAGGACAACAAGUCAACAACAGGAGGGCCUCCCAGUCUGAUCCCAUCAGGAUCCAAGAGGCCUAAGAAGAGUCCCCAGCCAUCCCUGUCUCCUCUCCCCAUCCCAGGCCAGCCCCUGGAGGACCCUCAGCACCAGCGGGUGAUCGCGAAUGUACGGGAGCGCCAACGGACACAGUCCCUGAACGACGCCUUUGCCUCGCUGCGUAAGAUCAUCCCCACGCUCCCCUCGGACAAGCUGAGCAAGAUCCAGAUCCUGAAGCUGGCCUCGCGUUACAUUGACUUCCUCUACCAGGUCCUGCAGAGCGAUGAGAUGGAUGCCAAGCUGGCCAGCUGUAACUACCUAGCCCAUGAGAGACUCAGCUACGCAUUCUCAGUGUGGAGGAUGGAGGGGGCCUGGUCCAUGUCCGCUACCCACUAGCCCUGCCACUUACCUCUCUAACACCCCCUCUUCCCCUCCUGCCCCCUCGCCCUCCCCCAGCAGCGCCCUCCGGUCCCAAUCUCCCAUGACCUCUGACCCCUGCUCUCUGACCCUCAUCCUCACAUCAUCUAACUCCUCUAUCACUCUACACCAGCACCCGACCAAGGCGACUGAGAAGCCUUCACCUUUUGGUCUGCAAUCCCUUUGUUUACUGGUUUGGACCUACACCUCUGGACCAACUAAAUCAUAGAUAUGAGCCCUGCCCUCACGCUGGAGAGGUACUGUAGAAAGACUCAGCUUCCUCGAGCCCACACAGAAUCUAUGGGACAAUGAUUCAGAGCUACUAGCAGGUCUAGAAGAGGGAUAACUAUAGAUGUUUAUGACCUGGAAAUUGCAACUUGUGACUUGGAAACAGUUUGGUAAGCAAAUGUAAGUUGCAGAUAUUAAUGGGAAUUCCUAUUGUAGUGUAACUACAUGUAGUCAAAGAACUGUUUGUAAACCAAUAUAAAAUUCCUAAUUAAAAGGGAAUCAGUUGCUGUAAGAUAAUAAAAUGAGUAUUUGAGCAUCUUUGAAGCAUCUUUCUCAGCCCCAUCUUAUUACCAGUCUCACCUUAAAGCAUACACCCUGUACUGCGACUACACCAGAAUGAACAAGUCCAACAUCAGCAUCCAAACAUUUGGAGGUGGAUGAUGACACAAUAACAUUUCUAAACACCAAAUACAUACGAAAUACAUCAAUUAUCCUUCUUUGAGUUUGUGUGUGAAAGAACCUGGGUUACCAGGCUCUCUAUGUGUUACCCUGUCAGCCUUAAAUAGUGCUCUAUAACACAGACUUCCUUAAUGAGGCCCAAGUGUCUGCUCAGGCAGCCCAGGGUAUAAUUGCCCAUAAAGCUGUUGUUCUUUUGGGGAAAAUAAGGCCUCUAAAAUAGUUAUUGGUUGUCUGGUUGGAAAGAAAUCCUAUGAUCUACCCAACCACAGAAGCAUAUGUGGAUACAUGUAUUAGUGGACCAGGAAUGUACACUGUAUAUCCAACAUGUUGUCACAUCUACAAUUCUGUACACACAAAAAUGACAAUUUAAAAUUUUAAUUAAGAGAAAAACGGUACAAAAUAGACAUUCUUUCUAUACAUACAUAGGAAAUAUGUAGGAAAAAAACGAACACAAGGUAAAUAAAAAGUAUGAAAAAAGAUUCAAUGUCAUUUUUUGUUAUUCUUAACUCCAGUUAGUGAAGGCUACCAAUACUUGACUCAAGGCACAUGCGUGGUGUAUUUUGGUCUUGAGUAUCUAUUUACAGUGACUUUAAGAAAUAGAGCAUAAAAAGGACAAUAUUAAAGGAAAUCAAGAUGAGCGGCCCACUGGUCACUAAGACAAUAAGAGUGUUGCCCAUAGGCCCCUGGAAGUCUUUACAGGAGAGGCAAUGUACAGUAUUCAACACACUUUCUCUAACAUUACUUCAUAGACAACAGAUACCCACUGGUGCAUUACGAGACAGACACAGCACAGUCACUGUCAGUUGUACGAGAUUAUGAAUAAUGGUGGUUACUUCUAUUUCUAAGUCUUUGAGGGGAUCUUAUGGGCAAACAUUGCCCAGAGUCUUGAAAACAACCACCCCAAAACAAAUAGCUAGUACAAACAAUAAUGAAUAAUGAAAACUGGCAAUGGUCUCCUACACACACACACACAGAUUUGGAUCUUAAUUUGAGCCAAUUUGCUACAGCACGAAUAUAGUCCUGCAGCAACAGGAAAUGUGAAUUAUGUGGAUUAUAAUUAAUGGACAGUUUUGUAGGGGUUGAUAAAAAAAAA